AUGAUCGGCAAGCGCAAACGGGAGACCAGAGGAAUUGCCAGAUCAGUAGAAGCUCACUCCCUGGUUAUAGCUCAGACCCGCGACCGGGACAUCUUCCGGCGGUGUUUUGAGAGUCGAUUCGAGCCUCUACAAGAAGUUUGUACACAGAUAGACGGAUCGCUAAAGACGUCUGACGAUCUGGGGACUUCGUCUGAUGCUGCGAGCCUAUCUGACUGGGAUGGUCUUUCUGAGGGGGACUCGACUCCUGGAAUUGAGAUCAUCGAGCAUGGGAAGAGGGAGCCCCCAACGUCAGCUAACGAUGGACAGCAUGCAAAGAAAUUCAUGAGUUCGAAGCCGCCACUGUUGGGUGCCUCAGCAAAAAUAAAUGGCAAAAGGCAAGAUCAACCCUCAGCAGAAGAGACUGCAGCGGAAGCCAUUAACCUCAAGCAUGACAUUGAGCUGCAACGGCUCUUGAAAGAAUCACAUUUCCUCAACAGAUCGUUGGGCUCGAACCUUACCCCCAGUAGCCGGCAUAAGGCCAUCGACGUGCGAAUGCAAUCACUAGGCGCCAAAUCUUCUUUGUUCAAGCAGGCAAAAAUGCCUCUAUCUCAUCAUAAAGGUAUCAUAGCUCGAAACAACCAAAGAAAAGCCUCCCGUCGAACCGAAGCGAAAGAAAACGGCAUCGUCUUAGAAAAAGACAAUAAAGAGAGAGACGCUAAGAAUGUGAGGCGAGAGCGUGGAGUGGGAGCACCUACUGUAGGGAAGUUCAAAGACGGGACGUUGAAGUUGAGCAGACAGGACAUCAGUGCCAUCCAAGGGACCCAAAGUAGUCGCUACGUGGCUCGAAGGAACGCAAGGUGA